UUUGUCUUUCUCAUUUUUGUUCUGCAGAAGUUUUGAGAAGUGACUGAGAAAGACCGCGGACCAGAGUUCAGAUAAAGUGACACACGAUCUCGCAGGAUUACCUUUACCCCAUCUUUAAAGAGAAUAUUGGACGUUUACUAACGGGACGGGGUUUUUGAAUCGAGCCCCUCAUCCUGGACGGGCUGAAAACUUUCAACCGAGCAAAAUGAACCAGAGCUUUAAUAAUAAAUCGCAGUCUUUGCGUAGCUUAAACAUGAACGCAGUGGAAGUAAAAAGCAAGUAUGGGGCAGAGUUCCGAAGGUUUUCAGUGGAUCGUCUAAAACCUGGCAAAUUUGAUGAGUUCUACAACCUCAUCAUGACCAUCCACCGGAUCGCAAACAUGGAGGUGAUGAUCGGAUAUGCUGACAUCCACGGAGAUCUCCUUCCCAUCAAUAAUGACGAGAACUUCUGCAAGGCUGUGUCUACCGCACACCCUCUGCUGCGAAUCUUCAUACAAAAACAAGAAGAGGUUGACUACAGCAGCUUUGGCACCAGCACACUGACCCGGAAAAAGAAGGCUGUUGUUACUCUCCGCAACGACCUGAACCGGAAGCGGCCACAUAUCCGCAUUGGUAUGCCUCAGGACUUCCGUCCCGUGUCAUCCAUUAUUGACGUGGACAUACUUCCUGAGUCCCACCGGAGAGUUCGACUCUACCGGUAUGGCUCAGACAAGCCUCUGGGCUUCUACAUCCGUGAUGGCACCAGUGUCCGUGUUACAGCCCAUGGUUUGGAAAAGGUCCCGGGUAUCUUCAUCUCCCGCCUGGUCCCUGGUGGCCUGGCCGAGAGCACAGGCCUGCUUGCCGUCAAUGAUGAGGUCCUGGAGGUCAAUGGCAUUGAGGUGACCGGGAAGACAUUGGACCAGGUAACGGACAUGAUGAUUGCAAACAGCCACAACCUUAUUGUGACUGUGAAGCCGGCAAACCAGCGCAACAAUGUGGUGCGUAGCAGUCGCAUCUCUGGCAGUUCGGGUCAGUCAUCUGACAGCAGCGGUUCUGUGGGCUACCCCGCCAUCACUGCACCCUCAGGUGCCACCGCCAUCAGCCAUGGUUAUAGCCCAGAAGACCUGGAGAGUGACGAGGAGUCGGACAUCGUAAUUGAGAGCAACAUCAAACGGCCAUCACGCCGCUCUAACGCAUCGGUUGCUUCGACUGCAUCCCGGUCCCAGAUGCAAACGACUGCAGUUGCCCCACCCAGCCCCCCUACACGACCCCAAACAAGACCCCCAUCCACCGUAUCGACUGCCUCUUUCCAUUCUCAACCGAGCUUUAAUGGCACAGUGCACAACAGUUUGAGUUACAAGCUUCACAAGGACCUUACCCUCCAGCACCACCCCUACCACAGCAGUAACCCCACUAUGAGGGGGAGCAAUGGCAGCCUGCACAAAAUCCUCAGCAGUCUGAGGACAGACGCCCGUCACAGCCUGUCUUUACCCAGAGGAGGGGUGGAGGAGGAUGGCACAGUUAUCACUUUAUAAGUGAUAGCUGGGCCAACCUCCAGAGACUUGGCCUUUCAGCCUGGGAAGUCAGACUUGACUUUGAACCUCACAAACUUUAAGGGUUUUGUAAAAUGAAUAAUUUAACAGAAACAUUAUCUGUAAAUUUCACACUUUGAAAUGAUUGCUCUUAAUGUGUUGUGAUGUCUUAUAAGUCAAAAAUGUCAUCAGAAUUAGUGGUGUGUGUGUUUUCAAAAGCGGAGCCAUUGAUUUUAUCAUGUCUAUCAACUUUUUGUACUUGUUUAGAGGUUAAUUUUAAUCAUAUUAUCUAAACAUCUUCUGGGACCAGAAAUUAGGUUUAGUCCUGUGUGUGUGAUGUUUUAUACUGUUUACAUUUCUUACCUGAAAACAUUUGCUCCUGGUGUAAUGGAAAAAGCUGAUUUACACUUAAUUAGCCACACAAACUUUUUUUAUUAACUCCAAGUUAAUAAAUAGUAUUACUAUUCAUUAUUAUGAAUUUCUUGUAUAUUUCUGUUGAAUGUGUUCAAUACCUUAAUACCAUAAAUAACUGUUUGGCAAAUUCCCUCAACCUUGAUAUAUUUAACAUGGCUUGAUUCAACAUCACAAAAGAACAUUGUAAUUCCACAAAUCUAAUAAAUGAGAUGAUCUUAUCUUAUGCUAUCUUAAAACCUAUUCUAAUGUCUUGUUUUUAAGUAAUUUAAAAAGAUGUUGACUUGGGUUUGGUUUAAUUAGAAAUGUAUAGGUAGUUCACACUUUGAUGUCUUCAUAUAGACCUCUUGCCUUAAAGAAGCCCAGUGGAAUGCGAAGUGGUCGGUUCUGUUUAAGCCCGCGCACAUAUUUUCUGUCACCUCACUGUUAAUUAGCCCUCACCUCUGACCUCCACGAAGUCUUUAAGGUAAUCCAGCCAGUGAGCAUACUUAAAUCCAGUCAAAUUUAAGGAUUUAAAGGGUUUCAUCUGAGUGUUAUUUUUUUUUUUACACAUUGGGAACAAUUAUGUUUUGAAGCACACUCUAGUAGUGUGGUUAGGCUGAAGUAGUUUUUGUUUGUUAAGAUGCUCCUUCUAGGUAGGUUUUCACUUGUGACUUGUCUUUCAGAAAUCUGUGUAAUACUUGUCUAUGUGUAAUUUAAAACCACUGUGGAUAUACCUUUUGUUUGCUUUUAGGUUGACUGAAUUGUUUUAUCAUGUUAAAACAAGGACUAACCUUCAUAUCCAGCAUUUUUGUAGAUAUGAGCAUUUUGCAUUUGAGUCCCUCCUACAUGCAUAAUUUUCCCAAACCAUACAUACUCGGUAUUUAGAUGUGACCACUGGAAAUAAAAUAUUAUAACGUUAAACUGAUAAAAGUAGGGACAUGGAGGAACAAGAGCACGGUUGAGUUGAAAAAGAUGUAUUGUGAGUCGCCAUCUGCUGGCCGUUCUGUGAACUACCAUUACACGACAUGGAGCGUCUCCCCUUUCCUGCGAAGAAUUGCAUUUUUAUAUUUUGCAUUAAACAUUUAUGCUGAUUUCUUGGUUAAUUUAUAUCUGUUUUAACGUUGAAUAAAUCUAAUGGAAAUAAAAGGAAGACUAGAUUAAAAAAAAGCAGAUUAUUAAAGAAAUGUGUACAAUCAUGUCCCCCUCUUUUGUGUGUCAUAUUUCUGUUUUAACUAAUCAUCUUGUAAAAUUCAUGUAGAAUGUAGAAUAUUAUUUGAUGGUUUAACCUGAUGAAGUUUGGUAAUUAUUCUGUGUCUGAAAAUGCUCCUGAAGGUUUAGCCAUUGCAGUCAAUGUUGGUUGUCAGGCCCUUUCCAUACAAAAAUACAUGGAACAUGUGAAUAUUGCCUGUUUUUUUGUUGUUGUUGUUUUUUUUUACUGAUGUCAAACUUUUUAAAAUACAUAAUAAAUUCUGAGAUCGACAAA